UUAAUUAGGACAAAUUACGAUACUUUAAAGACAAUAACUGUCUAUAGUUAGAUUCUGUGAUAAUUUGGUUUGUAAUUGACUAAAUGUAGCCUACAUUUGACCAGUUCUGCUGUGCCAACAGCUGAAGUAGCCUAGGCUUCCGCGCUGGGAGACUGGAGCGGUGAUAGGCGCACUAUCCACUGAGCGAACCGCUGAUAAGGGCUGGUUGGGAUUGCAUUCAGUAGGCUAGCCGAUAUUGGAAAUUUGAAAGCGAUUUUGGAAUAAUGGUGAAGUGAAAAUAAGGACGCCGAGGAUGCGACAUCUCCUUGGUAGAAUACACAAUGGAAAAACGCCUCCAAUGAAAGGUGAGACGUAACCCAGUGAAGUAGGAUACAAAGUGGAUUGACAUACAAGGAAGAGCGGUUGCCAAGAUCUUUCAGUUUUGAAGAGAACGAUACCUUGUUUACUCCUGUCAAGGAGACAUAGAGGUUGGCCAUCCCCUCUGAUGUGGUGGUAAGAGACAUUCUGUCUGAGAUUGACGGGCAUCGCCCCGUGCGUGAACCUAUGGCAGUAAACCAUUGCAAUCCAGAUUCCAUUGUGUGACCCUACCAUGGACCACAUCCUCUGCUGCCUGCUGGUCCUGGGAACCGCAGUGAUGAUGGCCCAUGCCUGCCCCAAGUACUGUGUCUGUCAGAACCUAUCUGAGUCCCUUGGGACCUUGUGCCCCUCCAAAGGCCUGCUCUUUGUCCCUCUGGACAUCGACCGGCGAACUGUGGAGCUCCGGCUAGGUGGAAACUACAUCCUCCGCAUCACCCAGCAGGACUUCGCCAACAUGACUGACCUGGUGGACCUGACACUCAGCCGCAACACCAUCAGCUACAUCCAACCCUUCUCGUUCGGCGACCUGGAGACUCUGCGUUCCUUACAUAUGGACAACAACCGCCUCAUGGAGCUGGGUCCCGAUGAUCUCCGGGGUCUGGUGAACCUGCAACACCUCAUCCUUAACAACAACCAGCUUGGACGCAUCUCGGACCGGACCUUCGAAGACCUGGCCUCUUCCCUGGAGGAUCUGGAUUUGUCCUACAACAACCUGAGGAGCCUGCCCUGGGAUUCAAUCAAGCAAAUGGUAUCUCUCCACCAGUUGAGUCUCGACCAUAACCUGCUGGACUUCAUCCCUGAGGGGACCUUUACUGACCUUGAAAGGCUGUCUCGCCUUGACUUCACGUCCAACCGGCUGCAGAAGCUACCUCCGGACCCCAUCUUCGCCCGCGCCCAGGAUUCAGUGGUGAUGACCACACCCUACGCCCCUCAGCUGUCCCUCAGCAUCGGGGGGAACCCCCUGCACUGUAACUGUGAGGUGCUGUGGCUGCGGCGCCUGGAGAGGGAUGACGACCUGGAGACCUGCGCCUCCCCUUCGAGCCUGAAGGGCCGCUAUUUCUGGUACGUGAACGAGGACGAAUUUGUGUGCGUGCCACCUCUCAUCACUCAACACACCCACAGGAUGCUGGUUCUGGAAGGCCAGACGGCCAGCCUGAGAUGCGAAGCCAUCGGAGACCCCACCCCCACCAUCCACUGGAUGGCCCCUGAUGACAGCCUCCUCGCCAACUCGUCCCGAACCGUCGUCUACCACAAUGGCACCCUGGAGAUUGUCAUCACCACCUCCAAGGACUACGGCGUCUUCACCUGCAUCGCCGCCAACGUGGCUGGGGAGUCCACUGCCUCCGUGGAGCUGUCCAUCAUCCAGCUGCCCCACCUCAGCAACGGCACCGGUCAGGCCUCGCAGCCCAAGUCCCGCCUCUCCGACAUCACAGGCACCACCAGGACCAGCAAGGGCCUACCCAAGUCGCCGCCGGAGAAAGUGGUCACUGUGUCUGAGGUGACAGCCAUUUCAGCCUUGGUUAAGUGGAGUGUCAGCAAGGCAGCACCCAAGGUGAAGAUGUAUCAGCUCCAGUAUAACUGUUCCGAUGACGAAGUCCUCAUUUACAGGAUGAUCCCGGCUUCCAGCCAAGCCUUCCUGGUGACCAACUUGGUGUCGGGCACCAAGUAUGACCUGUGUGUCCUGGCUGCCUGGGACGACACUGCCACCACCCUGACGGCCACCAACGUGGUGGGCUGUGCUCACUUCUUCACCCGCGACGACUACACCCAGUGCCAGUCCCUCCACAGCCAGUUCCUCGGAGGCACCAUGAUCCUGGUGGUGGGCGGCGUCAUCGUGGCGACGCUGCUCAUCUUCAUCGUCAUCCUGAUGGUGCGCUACAAGGUCACCGACAACGACGGGGACGGCAUGGCGGGGGGCGGCAAGCUGACCAGCGUCAGCGACACCCACUCGCAGACCAACGGGGGCAGGCUGGGACAGAACGGCGUGCCCCUGCCCAAGCCUAAGGCCAAAGUGACCCUCCAGGACGAAGUGGUGGAGUUCAAAUGCGGCUCGCUUCAGAGCAGCCUGACUUCGUCCUCGUCCUCGUCGGGGGGCUCCAUGUCCGGGGGCGGCCCCCGCAGCCCCAACAGCACCCUGGCCAACAUGUGGAGGCAGGCCGCCCCCUCCAAGCCCCGGGCCAACCUGGACCACCUCCUCGGGGCCUUCAACUCCCUAGAGCUCCGGGGGGCCCAGGGCAGGGGCAGGGGCAGGGGCGCCUUGGGGGAGCCAUCCUCUAGCGCCGGCGCUCCAGCAGCGGGCGGGGACGGGCUCCCAAACGACAGGGAGCCGCUGCUGGGCCGGACCGCGGACUCGAAGCUCAGCCGGCUGCUCAUGCUGCCUCUGGACUCCGCGCCGAAAAGGAGCCAGUCGUUUGACAUGGGGGACCGUCUGGACGCUGACCGUCAGACAGGGCGGGUGCCGUGCUCCAGUGCCUCCACGACCACCACGCCGGUGGUCAGCCACCCCCGGCGCAUCAGCAGCAUCUGGACUAAGAGGAGCCUGUCGGUGAACGGCAUGCUGCUGCAAUGUGACGAGGAGGGCGACGCGGGAGGCAGCAAGGGGACCUUCGAGAGUCAAGAGUGGGUCAUGGAGAGUACCGUCUAAGAAGCGCCACGACGACGCACCUCGUCUAGAAAAUAGCCCCGGUUCUGAUGGACACACCAGAUGAGAGGGGACCCAGCUGCCUCCGCCCUCCUCCUGCAUGGAACUCGUUCACGUUUGUCUAUUGUGGAUUCUCUGUUGUUCUGACGGAUACCUAGAACACAAAGCUCAGACCAUGCCUCCCGAAUUCCCUCGGUGAGUAUUUCAGGUGACGGCAUCCGGCCGAGAGACGCGAUUUAUUGGAGGGAUGUCAUGUUGCGUUUUAAUGUGCGUGUCCUCUAUGCACAUUAAUAGUCAACUAAAGACUACCAGUAAGGCAUGAAACCUAGCGAGUUGUGCAGUCUGUGAGGGAUAGGGAGUCCCAUUGAGACUCAGUUGUACAUAAAUGAAAAGCCGGUCUGUUGUUCAUGUGGAGGGCCAUUUCUCGUACCCAAGGGAUGUAAAACUAAUCACUGUAUUUGUUGAGUUGUAAAAUGGAAUAACAGUAAAAGUCCCUGUUGUAACUGUUGCUGGGAUGUCAGGCCAUGCCUCUGGAUAAUACUUCCGCCGAAAGUAAGGCUGAAAUGUGUCGUUAACAUAACAUUUUGUAUAUUUGGGGGGGUUGGGGGUGUAAUUAGACACACCUUGUUCUGUAUUGAGUUUGUAUAGUGGACAUUUACAAUGUGCAAUCUGGAGUGUUCUUGACUGGAGGUCUUUGUCAAAUAUUUUUUUGUUCCCUUCUGUACAAGAUGGGGCUGCAACUUCAAUAUUUAUAUGAGGAACAACCAGAAAAAAACAGUGCCCUCCUUAAUUAUUGGGACAGUAAAUAAUUGUUGCUUUUUUUUUUGCUCUGUAUGCCAAAAGUUAGGAUUUUAUCCUACAGUUACUAUGGAUGUCAUAGUAUUAAUCAGGGCUGCUCCAUUCUGGUCCUGGAGACUUACCCGGUAGGUUCGCUCUCCAAUCCCAGCUGUGGCUAACCUGACUUAGCUUUUCAUCCAGCUCAUUAUUAGAAAAAGGUUUAAAUUGGGGUUGGAAAGAAAACCUACAGGGUGGUAAGUCUCCAGUAGCAGGAUUGAGGAGCCCUGGUAUAGAUGAUCAGCUUUUAUGAGUGUUUUGGUUAAUUUCAACAUUUAGAAAUGACCACACUUUAUACAUUGACCCCUUAUCGUCAUAAUGUCCUUUUUUCAAGUGUUUCUAGAGAGAUGUAUUUAAUGUCCAAAUUAAGCACUAAAAUAUACUAUUUUUCUAUAUAGCUGCUGGUGAAGUCUUCUGCUAAUGAUUGUGGCUGACGUUAGUUUUUUCAUAUAGUGAGCAUUUUUCGGUUGUUGACUGCAGUGGUCUUAGCCUACAAGCUGUUUGCCAUUGCUGAGCUCGCCAGGCCUUUCCUUCUUGUGUUCCAAUACUGUAGGUUCUGGCUCGGUUUCUGGUUAUUCAGCCAUAUUAUAGCUGUCGACUGUCAUUAACAAUCAACACCUUUCCGGGCUUCAACUUGACAGACACCACUUUCAGACUCCAAAAGCAAACACAAAACCUCAAAUCAAGACCAGAAAUUGACAGCUCGCUUAAACCUGAACAUAUGAAGUAACAGAACAGAAACACCUGUCAAGGCAGUUGUCAUAAUACUUUUGGUACAAAUAAAUACCUCUUUGGUGCCCUAAAAUAAGCAGACCAUGUAUAGAAAAUGUUGUCAUUUCAAAAUGGUAAAAAAAAGAAAUCUACACAAAUAGCCCAAACUAUCAGCUGAUAAUCUAUACAUGAACUUUAUACUGAUUGUUUGAUAAAGAUGCAAGGAAUCAGGAGUAUAGAGCCAAAUUAAGAAACAGUGUUGCAUGUCCAUCCAUGUUCUUUUAUAUUCACAGGACCUUUUUGUUUUAUAACUCAUUCUUACUGAAUGGUAUUUAUAUAUUGGUGAUGUAAUUAAUCCUUGAAAGUAUAUUAAAAAGAUUUCUUGACAAAACAGUAUGUGAAUAUAUUAACUUAUAUACUCUGUAUAUAUAUAUAUAUAUAUAUAUACAGAGUAUAUAUUUGAGAGUUGAUAAAGAAAAUCCAUAUCUGGUCCCCAUCAGCUUUUAUGUAUUUAUGUGUAAAAAAAGACAACAAUUAAUCUUCAAAACCAUUACACAUUUAUUUUUCUGAUCACAAUGUUAAAACUGCAGGGUCUGAAGUGAAAAUGGAAUUGGAAUUGUGUGUUAAACGAAUGGCACUUAAAAGGUUCAGGAGAGGAGAGUUCUAUCAUUAGUUUUAGCGUAAGAACAUGGCCCCUGUUGGCCUUUAAAUCAAUUAACCCAAUAUACACAAGAGCUAACAAACAGCAGGAGUUAGCCCUAUCUGUCACAGAAAGAUUAAGCAUUCGGAAAAAACUACAGCUCAGUAUGCUCAAUUGUUGAGAGACAGCAUUCUUACUCAAUUACAAGGAACAUUUUUACAUAUUUAUGUACUUUCAUACACUAACCUGCAUAAUGUAUCUGAAACUCAGUACCUUAAAUGGUCGACAUUUUAGCGUAAGCAGAAACCUUGCCACCCUCAUCAGGUACUGGCAUAAUAAAUGUACAGGGCAUUCAUCCAGAACUAUCUGUGUCUAGGAUGUGUCAAACCUGAUUUUUUUGUUUGUUUGUUUGGUUCGGUAGCAUAAAUGAACAGUGUUGCAAAAAAACUAGAUCCCAUUUUCAUUGUGUAAAGGCAGCCCUUGAUGAUAAUGAACUAAAUGAAAUACAAAUACAUUUGAACUUACUAAAUAUUGGUUGGAAUGUAUCAUAAACGUACAGUGUAAAAUGGUUUAUGCUCUCAACAAUGGUGACAUUGUUGGUUUUCUGUAAUGUAUGACUUGCAUGUUUACCAAUGACCAACUCAAGAGACCAGGAAUAACCUUAAUACUCUCUUUUAUAUAUGUCCUUUCUCACAUCGUGUUGUCUGAAAGACUCUAGUGACAUUCUGGAUCAACUGCUUGUGUAAAUUGACUCUGUAUAUUGGCUUUUUUGUACAAAAAAAAGAGUGAGAAUGUACAGUUCGAAAAAUAACCUGUACACUAGUGUCUUUAUUUUCUUGGUAAGCAUAAAGAAAUAAAGAGGUGCUUCACUUUAUCU